AUGUCUGGUGUGUGGGUAUUCGACAAAAAAGGCGUAGUGAGGCUCGUAACCAACCCAACAAGAGAAUCAUUCGAGAUGAAACCAGAAACAACUCAACCAAGAACAGCCACUGCCACAGCACCAGGUGCAAGACCAAGAGUUCUUGUUUACCUUCCGACAAACCAAGUCAUUACUUCCUUUUCUCAACUCGAGCAACGACUCAACGAACUCGGUUGGACUCGCUACUACUCUAACUCACAUCAUCAUCACCAUCAUCAUCACCAUCAAUGUCCUAAUGACAUCGUCCAGUUUCAUCGUUCAGAUGCUUCAAACUAUCUUCUGUCUCUUCCUAGAAACUUCUCUAGCUUUAAGCAUUUUCAUUUGUACGAUAUUGUUAUUCAGAAUCGUUCUUUCUUUCAAGAUGAUUUAGGACUAAUGUUAUCGUUUAAUCUGCUGUGUCUUCAUCGUUUGAAAUUCAAUGGAAAACGAGUAUAA